UUCUAUUUGAAGGCUCAGACGCGUUCCUGAUUCACCAUCUCUGCGCUGGAGUUGGACGUUAUCUUUCGGGACCCAGCGCAGCCAGGAGAAUCGCAGGAACAUUUCUCACCCUCCAUUAUGCCCCAAAAUAUGUAUAUUCAAGAAUUGGACCUUCACCAUGGAGCGCUUAUAAAAAUAAAAGGAGAUAUACUGCCUAAUGCAUCAGUGUUUAAAAUUAACCUGGGCAAGGACCAACAAAAGCUUGGCUUUCACUACAAUGCACGCUUCAACUAUUAUGGUGACUUGCAUACAAUCAUCUGCAAUGACCUGUCCGAAGCCCGUUGGGGUACAGAACAAAGGGAGCGCAACUUUCCCUACGUGAAGGGGACCACAGUGGAGAUUUGCAUAAGCUUUGAAGAAACUGCUUAUAAAGUGACAACGCAUGAUGGCUAUGAGUUCACUUUCCCCAAUCGCCUUCAGCUUGAAAAACUAGAAUUCGCCUCAUUUCAAGGUGACUUCAAUGUUAGAAAAGUAGACUUCGAUUAAGCCCUCCAAUCAAACCGGCUUCAGACAUUUUUUGACCUUUGGGUCUCUGUUUUUACUAA